GUCAUAGCGACCUUUGACAGACGCAAACGAGAUAAAUGUACGUGUACCUGGCAUGUUGGUGCGAUGCCCAUGACAUUUAACACUGCAUGGAAUGUAUGCAGAAGAGACGUACUCGACUGGAUACCAGAGACAGAGAAGACAAAAUGGAAUGUAGACUUUAAGAAACACAACUAUAUAUAUUUGUGUCUCGUAAUUUGGGAUACAUGGGACGAGGUUCUUAACAGUGAGAUGAAUAAAGAAUCAGAGAACGAACAUUGACCUUGGGAUGCGUAAGAGAGUGUCUGUGAUGAACAUGUCUGAAGCCAAAGACUCGUUGUGUUGACGCAGAUCAACAGAAUGACCAUGAUGCACCAUGGCUGCUGUCAUUGACUGAGACGAAUCCGAUACAAUGAAGUCAGGCAUGUUUCCAUACUGUGAUAUGCCGUAUGGCAACUCCAUCCAUUUGACCAAUGAGUUUGAACCAAAUGACUUGACCUCUUUUUUGAAGGGCGAUGGCACAAGAAAGGUCAAUGCGAAUUUGAAGACAAACAAAUUAAAGAAAUUUAAGAAAAGAAGAGAUAUGCGUUCUGUGGUGUUUGACAAAAUGAUGGAUAAUUCUGACAGAGCUCUUACACGAUUGUGUGAACAAUCCGGACAAAAAAAUUCAAACUCAACAUGGCCCCGUAAAUCACUAAACGACGGUGAUAGUAUAAGUCCGGAUUUGAAUGAAGGACCUGAACGUCAAAGUUACAGCAGCCCCUCCGACAAAUCUGACACCGGAUUUACAGAUACUUAUGAGGACAGGUCAUGUGGAACCGACUGUGAAUCACUUGUCACCGAGAUCUCCUCCCUACACGCGGGGACCGUAGGGAUUGCAAGUUUGUCUCCUCGUCCUGGGCGGCUUAUUCGGAUGAAUGUGGAUUCGAACUCGGAAACGGAUUCGUGUAUUACCGACUACUGUUCAUUAGAGAUGCAACAAUACGGGGAUGUGUCGCCCGUGAUGCUCAGUGCGUAUGAUACGUUCUGUAUGGAUGAUGACGUCACGGAGAGGUCGUUCUGCUCGGUGGAAAGGGAGACUACUCUGGAUAGCAUUUCGGAUAAUGAACAUGAAACUGAUACUGGAUCAUUUGGUUCAACAAUCUCUGGUUUUAGCCACACGGAUGCAAACAUUCAAAGCCAAGUUUUCUUAACAGGUGGAAAUUUUUUUAUCGCAAAUAUGUCAUGCGAAAAGGUCAGUGAAGAAGUCAGUCCUCCUUAUGAAGGUAAACAAACCGCUAAACGUACAACGCUAACUUGCGGGCAAGCAAACAGCCAGUUCAACCUUACCAACUCUUCUUUAAAGACUUUAAGCUUUGAUUCGAAAAAGUGUAAACUGUCUGAACUGGAUAAUAAUGAGAUCACUCCGAAAAUGGUUCAGGUCGAGAGAGGCGAAAUCCAGACUGGUUAUAAUAAUGGAGUGAGAUAUACAAAUUGUUCCAACUAUGACAACCAAUACCCUUUGCUGGAGUCCUUGCCGUGUCAACUGAUUCUAGGGGAUGUACACAGGAGGAAAUCGGGUGCUUCUGAAGAAGCAUCUGCCUCGCUCUCAAGUGAUGAAGAGUCUUCUGGUUCCAAUCACGCUCCAGUAAAUGGCAAUACCGAAGACAAACAGGAUACCAGAUCACGUAUCGACGACGACUGGCGCGUAAAUGGUGUCUCAAUUCCAAUACGAGAUAAUUCCCAAACCAAAUACUGUGGUUCUAAUGACAUGCUCGUGAAUGGUGAUGAGUUGGCGUCCGACAUGCAGAACGUCAUCAAUGAACGUAUUCCCAUGGUCAGAGUAAAGCAGUCAACAACCCAGUCGGUUUCGCAACAUGUUCCGCUGAAAACCGGUGCAGUACCUAGAAGUCAACGACAAAGAUCUUACUUCAUUGUAGAUGUAAAACCACGUCGCUCUCAAGAAUACUCAUCUUGUCGUUCAACAUCUUUACCAAACGUUUACUUUGGUCUAGGAAGAACAACGAAGUGCCCUUGGCAGUACAGCUACCACGUGCAGGAACUCUGUCUCCAUACUUCCGGUCUCAGUACUUCCGGUCUCAAUACUUCCGGUGUUAACUUUUCCGGUCUCAAUACUUCCGGUUUGUGCCAUUUUCACAAGACGGUUGAAAAAAGGCAGAUUAAACACAGACAGAAACAGCCUUUCAAAUCAACAAUCCAUGCUUAUCGAUAUAAAUGCAAAAUGAACAGACCACAUCCAGGUAUUCAUAAUAAAAACAACAUGAAUGAUACACCUUCCACGCGUCGGUCCGACCCUGCUAGAACACACAGACAAGAUGGCCGCGAACGUUGCCAUGACAACUUGAAUAAUAUUGGGCGCCACCAUUCCAGAAACAACAGACAUCACCGGAUUCAAAUCGGCGAUACUGUCUCUCCACGGGUCCAGAACAGCCACGUAUCCGAGGUAGUGGAACCCAUGUCGGUGGAUAUGAGGCUUCACAUUCCCAACCCCCACAACAAGCUCAACCACAGGUUCCACAGCACCCUCCAUUGCCCAUGUUUCAUCUUCUUUUGCUUCCUGUGUUGCUACCCAGCCGUGUUUCUCAUGCAGAGGUCAGACAUACAGUUCAUUUCCGAUGAGGAAGAUCUCGCGAGAAAAAACGCGAAGAGGUCCACUGUUCUGUACAUAAUUGGCGGUGUGACGUCUGUGAUAUUUCUGUCAAGUGUUCUGUUUGUGAUGUAUUACUUCCUCGGGGACAGGCUGAUCAAAGCCCCGGACUCUUAA